AGCAUUCCUAUGGUGAAGAUCUCAAGUUUGGUGACAGGGAGAAAAAAAGGCAGAAAUCAAGGAGAGAAAAGGUAGGGAGGUCAACCAGCCGAGCGUCUGGUUUGCUACCCUACACUGAAGCCAGGCGUUUGAUGAGCCUGACGAUGAAGGAUUCCCCUACUAACCACGCCGCAACGAAAGAGCCAGCGACGAAUGCCGCUACCGUGGACAUGUCUCCCGCGUGUGGCGACGUUCAAGGUGCAUUCAAGGAGCACAAGCACAAGCCCAGUCAACACAGCAACAUGCUGCGCAGCUUCGCCCUCCAGGCUCGCAUCUGUCGCCUUUGUGGCUGCCUCUUCGUCAGGGACAUGUUCGCCAAGCCACCCAAGUCUCCGAAAGUGGCGUGGCUCCACUGGUACACCCUGUACGCCGCGGCGUGCUUGGCUUUCUUCUUGUGGUUCGAGACGGACGUGGUCACGCGGCACGCCAUCGAGCUGAGCGACACCCAGCGCUUCUUCACCAAGUCCCUCCUCGUACUGUUGCACGUCGUGAUCAUCAUCAAAGCCUGCUGCAAUUUCCUCACCAUGGCGUUCGGCGCCCGGAGAAUGAUCGAGUUUCUGCAGAAGGCCGAUGCCUUCGAGAAAGAGGCGAGCAUCUCGUGCUCAGAAGCAGCCUCACAAUGCAGCCAACGAAAUAUUCUAUGCCCAUGUCUUCGCUCCAAAAAGGUCGGCAUCCCGUCCUGCCUGUGCUGCGGCCAGAGGAACUUUCUCUGGACCGACAUUGGCGGCAUCGUCACUUUCACCGCGUACUUCAUCAGCUACACCGCAGCCCUGAUCCACCAGGAACAGAAGGUCGACCACGACGGCCAGCUGAGCACGCGUGAGAUUGUGGAUCGGGUUUGCGGGUUCGUCGCCGCCUUGCUGUUCUUCACGUACGACACCGUCAACUUCGUCGCGCUCAGACACUCGGCGGAGGUCUUGGAACGCUACGUGCUGUACCUCAAACACUGCAUCGACGGGUUCGUCGGCUGCAAGGUGAUUGGCUGCGAAAAAGAGGCCGCGCAGAAGAUUCAGGCGGUGCGCCUGCGCCUCUGCACCGUGCUCGAGCUGAAGAGCGACAUCAACGCCAUCUGGCAGAGGUCGAUCGUGGUCUCCAGCGUUGGGCUCCUCCUGGUCACGUGCAUAUCUCUCUACACCAUCAUCACGGAGGGGCUGAGGAAGACCGAGCUGUGGAUAGCCAUCGGCUACUCGGCCUUCACGUCGUACGAGUUUCUCGAGCUGGCCAGAGUGAGCCAGUCCCUGUCUAAUGCACUCCAAGCGAUCAAGGAUUCCUGCCGAAAGACACCCACCAUGGACAGCACAACGGCCUACAGUCAUCAGGUCCAGUACUUGCACAGCACGAUCAACCCUGACGACAUCAGCCUCAACGGAAGCGACUUCUUCAAAAUUAACUUGUCACUUCUCGUUUCGAUGGCGGGUUCCAUUAUAACGUACACGGUCAUACUGGUCCAGACAAGCCCGGAAUACGAGGCGACACCGACAUGCCAACCUGCCGUCGGGGCUACGACCACGCCCGCCAUUACGUGAUGAAGCACCAUGGCGAAUAAAAACAUGUGCGAGCUUCGCUUUUUGCUUAUUACGAUCGCAGGGUACGCGAUACACUGUCCUUUAUUUGUUUUUUUUUCUUUCUUUUUGUGUCAGUCAAAACACAAACAAUUAACCUGCCUAUGAAUGUGCCUCAUCCAAUGUAACGGUAGGUGUGUGUGUGUGCGCGCUUGUGUGUGUGUCCGUGUGAGUCUGAGGGUGUGCGUGCGUGCGCGUAUUUGUGCGUGUUCUUUUCUCUUGUUCAAGUGUUGCAGCGUUUGUUGUUUGAUUUCGUAAUUCCGCAGCGAAUAGAAAAAAUUGGCCAGCACAUUUGUAGCGGGGCCGGGACCCUCUCCUGCCAUCACGACAGGGGGAGAGGGCGGCGGAAGAAGAGGAGAGCUGUCUGUUCCGAGCGCUCCAUCGCAGAUACAGUUCCAAUUUUAUUGUUUUAUUAACAGUACAUCUAUAAAUACAGGAUACGUUAAAAGAAGCCCCACAGUUAUAAAACUGCAGCGGGACCUCUUGUUCUUAGCUACAGAAGAAUACAUCAAUAAAAAGGCGUCAAGUGCGAUUAAAAAUUAAAAAAAAAACAUUUACAGAAGUUGUACAACGUUGAAGCAGUAAAGCUUAACACACCUUAACACCACAAAUACAUUGUAUAUAAUGAGUAACCACAGAAAUAUAGGCAAAAAAUAAGUACGUCAGAGUUGGGAUGCAGUUUACAAAGUUGCAAAUUUUUUGAACAGCAAGAUAGGCUGACACCCUUUCACCACUUGUAAGCGUCGCUUCACACGUGUUAACAUUCUCUGUACAUUUAAUCACUUGUUUGAAAAAAUAAACCAGUUGUCAGUCUGCGUUCGUAUCGUGUACUUCCUUUUC